UUACACUGUCAGGAGCAUCUUUGUCUAACCUCUCGUCCCAAGCGCAUCUGAAUCCAGAACAUAAGAGCAGAGGAACUGAACAUCUUGGAAGCAGUGACUUUAAAAUAAAACAAUCGUUUUAACAUUGUUAUAGUUGUAUCAUAAUACCUUAUUGACAGUCAGAGUAAAGUGUAAAUCAUUUUUAAAAAUUGGCUGCAGACUAUGGGGCGGCUGCUGUGCGUGCUGUUGGUGUUCCUGGCUUGCUAUGUUGUCCAAACAAACGCAGAGACAAUAUGCGGGACCAGGCAGUUCCUGUGUGGGAACGGGAAGUGCAUUACGCUGAGAUGGGUGUGUGAUGACACAGAUGAUUGUGGAGAUGGAACUGACGAGCUCCCCGGAACCUGCUUGGCCAGAACAUGUGGAACCACAAAGUUCAGCUGUGGUGGACAUCUGAACCAGUGUGUUCCCAGUACCUGGCUCUGUGACGGCAAAGCAGACUGUGAGAAUGGAGCUGAUGAGCAGAGCUGUGCGCCCAAGCACUGCACAGAUAACAAAUUCCGCUGCAGUAACAGCCAGUGUGUGUCGGCCUCUUUUGUGUGUGAUGAGGAGUUGGACUGUGAUGACGGGAGCGACGAGGCUUCCUGCCCACCCACCACCUGUAGCUCCACCUCCUUCCAGUGCAACAACUCUGUGUGUGUGCCGCGCCUGUGGGCCUGCGACGGAGACGCUGACUGCUCGGAUGGCUCCGACGAGUGGCCCCAGAACUGUGGGACGCGAGCCCCUGGGGGUGCCCCCAAGCCCUGCUCCCUUCGGGAGUUCCAAUGUGGCAGCGGGGAGUGUAUCCAUAGCAGCUGGAAAUGUGAUGGAGGAUUCGACUGCCUGGAUCGCUCUGACGAGACCAACUGUAGCCGCGUAACCUGUCGCCCCGAUGAGUUCCAAUGCCGUGAUGGCAGCUGUAUCCACGGCGGUCGCCAAUGUAACAGCCAGUACGACUGCAGAGACUUGAGUGAUGAAAUGGGCUGUGUCAAUGUGAGCCAUUGCAAGGGUCCCACCAGGUUUAAGUGCCGUAGUGGGGAGUGCAUCAGCAUGGAGAAGGUGUGUGACAAGCAGCGUGACUGCAGGGACUGGUCAGAUGAGCCUCUCAGAGAGUGUGAUUCCAACGAGUGCCUGUACAACAAUGGCGGCUGCUCACACAUCUGCAAUGACCUGAAGAUCGGCUAUGAGUGCCAAUGCCCCACCGGCUACUACCUGACGGACAAGAAACGCUGUGAAGAUAUCGAUGAGUGUGCCAACCCAGACAUCUGCAGCCAGAUUUGUGUCAAUCAUAUGGGCAGCUACAAGUGUGAGUGUGAGGAGGGCUACCAGGUCGACCCAGCCACUAAAGCCUGCAAGGCCAUCGGCACUGUAGCCUAUCUGUUUUUCACCAAUCGCCAUGAGGUGAGGAAGAUGACACUGGACAAGAGUGAGUACACGCGUGUCAUCCCCCGCCUGAAGAAUGCAGUGGCUCUGGACAUGGACAUGGUUGCCAAGGAAAUUUACUGGUCUGACCUCUCCCAGAAGAAGAUCUACAGCACCUCAAUGGACUUGGCUGCAGACACAGCGCAACACAAAGUUGUGAUUGACAGUGACAUCGAAGCUCCGGAGGGCAUCGCCUUUGACUGGGUCCACGGCAACAUCUACUGGACCGACAGUAUCCGCAGCAGCAUCUCCGUGUCAACCGCCAACGGGAGCCGUCGCAAGACUCUCUUCCAGAAUGACCUGGCCAAGCCCCGCGCUAUUGUGGUCGACCCCCACAGCAAUUUCAUGUACUGGACUGACUGGGGAACUCCAGCCAAGAUUGAGAAGGGAGGUCUGAACGGAGGAGACCGUGCUGCUCUGGUCACAGACGACAUUGUGUGGCCCAACGGAAUCACCCUUGACCUGCUGAACCAGCGGCUGUACUGGGUGGACUCCAAGCUGCACAGCCUCUCCAGUAUCGACGUCCAGGGUGGCGGCCGAAGGACACUCAUUAUAGAUGAACACAGGCUAGCCCAUCCCCUAGGCAUCACUGUGUUUGAGGAAAGAGUGUUUUGGACAGAUGUCAGCAACAAUGCCAUUCUGAGUGCCAACCGUGUGACAGGCAGGGACAUCAAGCCUGUGGCAGAGCACCUGGUAUCCCCAGAGGACAUUGUGUUGUACCACAACCUCAAACAGCCAACUGGCAGGGACUGGUGCAAGGUGGCCAACGGAGGCUGUGAGUUCAUGUGUCUGGCAGCCCCCCAGGUGGGCCUACAUUCCCCCAAGUACACCUGUGCAUGCCCUGACAACAUGCUGCUGGCCAAAGACAUGAGGAAAUGUGUACCAGCUGCACCAACACCUGCAGAUCCAGUCAAGCCCAUUGUUCCCGCCUCCAACCCCCCACCGGCACCCGCCCGCACCUCUACUGCACCUCCAGCCCGCGCCACCACUAAGGCCCCCAUCAUCACUACCACAAUUAUGCCUGCGCCUCCCCGCACUACCAAGCCUGUGCCACGCAACACCCAGCCUGCCCAGCCAGAUAGACCCAGGAUCCCCCAGGCCCAGACUACCACAGUGCCUCAAGUCACCACUCAGGACAUCCACCAUGAAUUUGCUGCUAUACCCUCAACCCCUGCAGCUGUAUACAUCGCGCUGCCUAUAGCCAUUGUGUGUCUGGUGGCCUUUGGUGCCGUGCUGCUGUGGAGGAACUACAGGCUGAAGAACACCAACACCAUUCACUUUGAAAACCCAGUCUACCAGAAGACCACUGAAGACCAGGUGCACAUAUGCAGGAGCCACAGUCCAGACGGCUACACCUACCCACCGAGACAGAUUGUGAGUCUUGAUGAUGAGGCUUGACCGUAGUGCUGCCGUUCCCUGCCAACACAAACGCUUUAAGAGGAGAGAGCAGAGGAGUAAGAGAAACAUUUUAUAUAAGCUACCUGGACAAUCUUAUUUAAUUUUUUUUAACCUCAAAGACAUAAGAAGGCAGAGAAGGUGUCAUACUGCUGACCAAACCACUGUGUGCUCAAAGACAAAUGGAAGCUCUGGAAAGAAAAGCAGGAAAAGGAGGAAGAUUUCUCAUUCAUGUGUCUUUCUUGCCCAUUUGUGCACAAUCCAAAGCCAUAAGAGACCAUCAACUCAUCUCCACCAAGCUUGAGUUUUAUUGGCUCAUUCUACACCAUAGUAUUUUUCCCAGAGACUAUUUGUCUGAACUGUGAAAUGUCCUACAAAUAGAAGACUGUUCAGAAGUUGAACCCCAUUAUGAAAGAACAGUAAUGUAAUUGUAAUAUUUGAGUGUUUUGUGUUUGUGAAGAAGUGCCCUUGAUAUAUGAGGUGACUGCAACUUUAUUUAACAGCACUUAGAAUUGAGAAAAAUCUAUAUUUUUUGUUACGUACAGUGGGGAGAACAAGUAUUUGAUACACUGCCGAAUUUGCAGGUUUUCCUACUUACAAAGCAUGUAGAGGUCUGUAAUUUUAUCAUAGGUACACUUCAACUGUGAGAGACGGAAUCUAAAACAAAAAUCUAGAAAAUCACAUUGUUUGAUUUUUAUGUAAUUAAUUUGCAUUUUAUUGCAUGACAUAAGUAUUUGAUCACCUACCAACCAGUAAGAAUUUCGGCUCUCACAGACCUGUUAGUUUUUCUUUAAGAAGCCCUCCUGUUCUCCAUUCAUUACCUGUAUUAACUUCACCUGUUUGAACUCGUUACCUGUAUAAAAGACACCUGUCCACACAUUCAAUCAACCAGACUCCAACCUCUCCACAAUGGCCAAGACCAGACAGCUGUGUAAGGACAUCAGGGAUAAAUUGUAGACCUGCACAAGGCUGGGAUGGGCUACAGUACAAUAGGCAAGCAGCUUGGUGAGAAGGCAACAACUGUUGGCGCAAUUAUUAUAAAAUGGAAGAAGUUCAAGAUGGCGGUUAAUCACCCUCGGUCUGGGGCUCCAUGCAAGAUCUCACCUCGUGGGGCAUCAAUGAUCAUGAGGAAGGUGAGGGAUCAGCCCAGAACUACACGGCAGGACCUGGUCAAUGAACAGAAGAGAGCUUGGACCACAGUCUCAAAGCAAACCAUUAGUAACACACUACGCCGUCAUGGAUUAAAAUCCUGCAGCGCACGCAAGGUCCCCCUGCUCAAGCCAGCGCAUGUCCAGGCCCGUCUGAAGUUUGCCAAUGACCAUCUGGAUGAUCCAGAGGAGGAAUGGGAGAAGGUCAUGUGGUCUGAUGAGACAAAAAUAGAGCUUUUUGGUCUAAACUCCACUCACCGUGUUUGGAGGAGAAAGAAGGAUGAGUACAACCCCAAGAACACCAUCCCAACCGUGAAGCAUGGAGGUGGAAACAUCAUUCUUUGGGGAUGCUUUUCUGCAAGGGGGAUAGGACAACUGCACCGUAUUGAGGGGAGGAUGGAUGGGGCCAUGUAUCGCGAGAUCUUGGCCAACAACCUCCUUCCCUCAGUAAGAGCAUUGAAGAUGGGUCGUGGCUGGGUCAUCCAGCAUGACAACGACCCGAAACACACAGCCAGGCUCCGUAAGAAGCAUCUCAAGGUCCUGGAGUGGCUUAGCCAGUCUCCAGACCUGAACCCAAUAGAAAACCUUUGGAGGGAGCUGAAAGUCCGUAUUGCCCAGCGACAGCUCCGAAACCUGAAGGAUCUGUAGAAGAUCUGUAUGGAGGAGUGGGCCAAAAUCCCUGCUGCAGUGUGUGCAAACCUGGUCAAGAACUACAGGAAACAUAUGAUCUCUGUAAUUGCAAACAAAUGUUUCUGUACCAAAUAUUAAGUUCUGCUUUUCUGAUGUAUCAAAUACUUAUGUCAUGCAAUAAAAUGCUAAUUAAUUACUUAAAAAUCAUACAAUGUGAUUUUCUGGAUUUUUUUAUAUUCAGUCUCUCACAGUUGAAGUGUACCUAUGAUAAAAAUUACAGACCUCUACAUGCUUUGUAAGUAGGAAAACCUGCAAAAUCGGCAGUGUAUUAAAUACUUGUUCUCCCCACUGUAGAAUUCAGAAAUUAGGUAUUGUAAAUAACGUAGGUAUUUAUUUUACUUAUGUCCGAGACUGACAAAAUGUUGAGAAAUAAUGAGCAUAUCAUAUCUUUUACUAUGUCUAGACUAAUUUCUUUGCUCCUGAAUUGUUUUAAUAUCAAAAUCUGACUUAAACUAACACCUGAGCCACUUGUUGAAAUGAAGCCCUUUGAUAGUGAAUGUUGUCUUCUAUACAUGAGCCAAUUUAACCUAAUACUGUAUGUCUAUGUUCCUUGGUAACACUAUUGCUGUCAAUUUCCCUAAUAUGGUGUUUAAUUGCAAGCCAAGACAGUAGAUUUAGGACAGUCUGUCUGAGAUCUAUCUUUCUCAUUUUCUCCCUUGUCUAACUUUCUGUCAUCCACUCAUUCUCAAGCUUCCUGUCCAACUGUGUGAGAGCAGUAUAUAAUUGUGUAAUUCUUCUAUGACAGAAAGCCUUAAAAAAUUGGUUUACAGGACCAUGUGACCAUAGGAGCCAUGUUCAUUGUUCAUGUGUCAUGCAACAGUAGUACACAGACUACACUCUUAGAAAAAAAGGGUGCUAUUUCGAACCGAAAAGGGUUAUUGGGCUGUCCCCAUAGCAGAACCCUUUGAAGAACCCUUUUGGGUUCCAGGUAGAACCCUUUCCACAGAGGGUGAUAUGUGGAAUCCAAAAGGGUUCUACCUGGAACCAAAAAUGGUUCUACUAUGGGGACAGCUGGACCAUUUUAAAACUCUUUUUUCUAAGAGUGUAGCAUAUCAUGUCUUCAUUCAUGUUCAGAAACACAAGUUUCCUUUCAAUGGUUUUAACAGAAUUGUUUACUGGAGAGAGAUAUUUAUUUGACUAAGUAUAAACUGACUAUGACAGUUCUAGGUACUGAAAUAGAAGCCGUCCAAGUGCAUUAUAUAUCGUGCUGCUAACCUUUUAACCAGAUGAUCUAUUCAAAUACUCAUGAUAGUGCUGAGGUGGCUUUAGGCCACAAUGUUUGACACCUCUUUCUCUGAGAUCAGAGGGAAAUUAAUGUGUCUAACUGUUUACAAUUAAAUGUGUUUGACCUUGAGGAUGUCACAGUGUUACAGGCAUUAGACAGACAGAGAGUUUGGGUAAUUACAUAUGGCCUAAGUCUAACAAAGAUAUUAUUGUUGAGUCAGUGAAAGUGUUUGUUUAUGUUUCCUUUUAAUUCACGAGCCAUAUGGAAUAAAUCCAGAAAUGUGUGUUAACUAACAUCAACAGUGCAGAUCAUGAAUAUGUAAAUAUUAUGUUCAUAAUGUAUUUGUAAAUAUUCAUAACAAAAAGUGGUCAUGAUGUCCCAGUGUAGAAUUUGUACACCGUUAAACAUUUGAUGUACAUAAAAAAAUGCUUAUAUUUAUUUUAGAAUCA